GUUAGGAACCAUGUACAGUAUUGCACACUUAAAACCAGUAAAAGAACCAACAACAUUAGCUGCUGAAAGCACAUCAGAGGGAAAAACUGGAACUGAAAUUGGAGUUGGUGACAGUGAACCAGAAACACCCACGGAAGAGAUUAGAGAAGUGGAUGGCACUGUAUCUCUUGACAGCAAAAUGGAAAACAUAGAGGUCACAGCAAUAGAAAAAGAGGAAUAUAUAGGGCAAGAUGUGUCAAACAAUGAUACAAGUGAUGCUGAUGACAGCUUUGAUGACAUGCUUACAGAGGAAGUGGAAGACAAGCAAUGGUUUCUGAAAGUAAAAUUGUUAAUGACCAGCAAACACACAGAGAGACUAGAGGCCAAAGUGAGAAACAUAAAAUUAUAUGGCUCUUCAUUUCAUUGCCUGAAACCAAGAAGCUGGAUAAGUGAUGAGGUUAUUGAUGCAUUUUUGAGCUGUGUAGUUGAGAAAGCAGAUGGAAAGAGUGAAUUACUUCAAAAUGAUAUAUUACUGCUUCCUUACCACACACCAGGUCAUUGGGUUCUUGCGAUAGCCUUGAUGAAAAAAAAGGAAUUGUUAAUAAUUGACCCCUUGUGUGAUGAGAUCAGAUAUGAAAGAACAUGCCUGAGGAAUUGGAGAAACUUCAUGAAACGAUUAACUAGUAAAUCCUCAUCUGAUUGGAACAGUAAAAUUGUGGAGCAUCCCAGACAAAGUGAUGGUCACAACUGUGGACCACUCAUCUUAAAGUUUGCAGAAACAUAUUUGCAGCACAAAGACAUCAGUAUGGUGGAAACAACACAGAAGGCUAAUACUGCGUUUAGAAGACAUAUAGCAAUUCUUCUAAUGAAGGAGUCAGAAAGCGUGGAGGACUACUGCAUAUACUGCAACCUUAUCGACUGUGAAAAAGAAAGUGAGGAUUGCACGAUGGUCCAGUGUGAUUCUUGCAAGAGGUGGGCACAUAUACCAUGCAUUACAGAAGGAAACAAUCAAGAAAACCUGACAUAUGAGAAGAAAGAGUACAACUGCAAGACAUGUGCAUAGUUCACUUCAUUAACAAAAAGAAAAAAGGCAAUAAAGAAAACCCAUUGUUUAACUGCCUCUUGUUCAAAACAUAAUGCAACCCAAAGAAAUAUAUUUC